AAAAAAAUGCAAUCAAUAACUAUAAGAGAAAAAGUACAACAAUAACGAGAAAUUAUAAGUAAAAAAAAGAGUUUUUUUUAGAAAGAUAAAAAAACUUAAAAAUAAGGUGGGUUGCCUCCCACAAGCCGCCCGAUUUAAAGUCUUUGGCUAGACACAGUUUACUACUUGCCAAUACAUAUUCACUUAAGUCAUGAAGUAGUAAAGUAAAUAUGUUUCUUUAAAACAUAUAAAGAUUAAAAAUCAAUAUAUGCAUUUAGAAAUGAUCUUUUAUUUUCAAUCUCUUAUCAAGUAUAGCACUUAAUGCUCCAUUGAAAAACAAAUAUAACAUUCUAGAUGCAAAAUAAAAUAGAGAACAGGUUUCUGGUCAGAUUCCUUUGCAUUUUUGCUGUGCUAUUAGAGCAAAAUUCAGCAUAUAAAGAAUGAUCACACAUAUUGAAAAGGUCAUGCUAAGUGCUCUCUCAAAUUAGUUCAUAUGCAAGCUCUUAAUGUUAAGUAAAUAAGCAUUUUAAGAACUUAAAGUAGCAUGUAUAUGAGUAAAACAUUGCAGAUUUUUUUCAACAGAAUGAGCACUUCAGGGCAGAUUUUUCAUAUUAAGCUCUGAAAACAUAAAAAACUGCAAUAUAAACCUCAUGAUAUGUUUUUAAAAGUGCCCCAAAACAAGAUAUAUCAAUCACAGUUCAAAUUUGAAGCAAAGAAGCACUCCAAGGGACAAAAAUCAACACAAAAAGAAAGCCUAGAAGUGCAUAUUUUUAAAAAACAGCAUAUUAAGCCCAAGAAAUUCAGCAAACUUAUCAUUCAAGGCUUAUAUAAUCAGUACAUACAUGCUGCACAUAUAAGAUUAUGGAACAAAAAAGCACAUAUAUCAUUGAAAUGCAGCAUAUAUGAUAUGCAGAAACAAAAAUCAGCAAGAAUAGAUGAAGAAAAAGAUCUCAAAAUGCAGUUUUGAUGAAAAAUAGUACUAAAAUUUCAUAAAAACCGCAAAUGGAGCAUAAAUUUCAACAACCAAAAAAAAACAUGCUAAUUUCAAUUUCUUCGAACACGAAUAACCUCAACUCUAAACAUUUAACAUGCACAUAAGUCUUGAACACAAGAAAAGAGGUUAUUUGUUCAACAAAGCAGAAGAAGAGAAUACAUGCUAAAAAAGAUUUCAUACAAAACUUUCCCCGGCAACGGCGCCAAAAUUUGUUGGAGACUUGUCGUGCGGUCCAAAACAAAUUAAAAAUUUAUAAAAUAUCCUUAACUAACCCCCAAAAUAUAAUCAAACAAAAACUAUAGCUAGGGCAAGUAAGGGUCGAUCCCACGAAGAAAAUUUGUACUUUUGAAAUCAAAAUAGCAUGCAAACACGUUGUCACGAAAUUAAAUAAAAAAACUACUACACAUAUAAUAAGAACUUAUAAAACUUAUAAUAAAACUUAUAACUAAAAACAUAUAAAUAUAACUUAUAUAAACAAAGAACUUAUAAUAUAACUUAUAAACAUAAAACAUAUACUUAAGAUAUACUAAAAAAAUAUAAAAACUUAUAUUUAUAACUUAAAACACAAAAAAAGGGGGGGGGUUGGAUGAAAAAUAAUCAACUCCUCCAACAAAGGUAACCCGAGAAACACCGCCAAGAACCCGAAACGAAAUUAAAAAGAGAACAAACACAAGUCAAACAUUACACGUAUUAUAGGCACGUAGACAAUAUAUUACAUAACUUACGCACUUAAAAAUAGAAAAGAAUUCAAAGGCUCGAGUUGAUUCAUAUCCUUGACCACAUAUAGAGGAUCGUCCCCGGAGUCAAAGAUUCAAAGGCCUUUUGGUUACUUUGAACCCCCACUCACCUCAAGCGCUCAAAUAAUGAUUCCAAAAGAUGAAAAAGUUUAUAAAAGAGCGAAUCUUUCUUUCAUUCUAACUCCCAUGCACAAAGUAUUCAUGAAGAACAUUUGAUACACUUUAAUAACCUUUAACGUCUAAUGAUGAAAAUAUUUUGCAGGUCUCCUUGAACUACUCAAGCAUAAGAAUUGUAAUCUAUUCACAUAAAAGAAAAACAUUACAUAUUUUCAUUAAAUCAAGAGUUGUUUAUUGCGCUUAAACAAUCCCAAUUUUUAUGAAAAUAACAAACAAGAACACCAAGACAUAAACAAUCACUCUAUAACGAAUCUUAAGGAAAACGUUCAACUUAUGUGGCUAAGAAGAUCAUUUACCUUAAAAUUUUACAAAACACAAGUCACAAAAAAGAAUUCACGUAUGAAUUCGAAAAUCACUUAACUAAAAUAUGUAGCUAAAUUAGCUUCAAUGAUAACCGAAUUCGACAUACCAACCUACUUAUGAAAUCAAAUUUAUAAUUCAACCAAUUUAACAUCAAUUUGCGCAAAAAUUGAAGAAAACUAGUAUGAAUCAAUUUUUAUUGAUAAGGGAUUUAAUAUAAACAAAAAAAACCCAUAAAAGAACACCAACCAUUUUGUUAUAAAAUUUUUGGAACAAACUAACAAACAAAAAAUGUAAAAUUAAACUAAAAACAACACUUUUACAAAGAAUUGGAGGAAAAAAAAAAAAAAAUUGACAAAUAAGGGUUACCAAAUGUUGAAGAAGAUGAAGAAAUUGAGGAAUUGGAGCUUGAAGGGACCGCCUGACCUAUCACCGCCGACCAUCGUCGAACGCCGGCGAGCCGUCGUUGGCCGCCGUCUGCUUUCUUCUCCGGUGGCGUCAAUUGCAGCGGCCAAAGCCGCUGCUCUCUUUCUUGUUUGGUGCGAUGCCUCUCUGUUGUUCCCCCCUCAAUCUGCUGUGAUUCCUUGCCCAAUUUAUAGACUGGAGGCCUCUUCCCGUUGUUGAUUUAAGAGAUCAAGGCACCGUUGUUGACUCGGUUUGGAGCGGAAUUGAUGGCCGAACGUUAGAGCAUUUGAUUUGAGGAAUUGAAGUCGCCGUUCGGUUACUCAUCGAUUUUGAAUAGAUUUGAAUGAUUCACCGCUGACUCCAUCAAUUCUUUGGUGAGAGAGUGAAGUGGAAUUGGCUACAAAGCUACUUGCUUCGCUCCUCUGUGAACGUCAAUGGAUUGGGACUGGGCUGCUGUGAGAACGUACUAGGCUUUGGAAAGAUGAUUAUUGGGCUCCCAAGUUGUCCCUUUUCACUGCUAUUUGGAAUUGGGGCUGGUCAAAAAUUCCCUUUGAGACUUGGACUCAGAUUUAUCCUUUUUACUGCACCGUGCUCAAAAAAUAUCUGAUAAUUUGGGUUAGGGAAAGCAAAAUAUAUUAAAAUAAUAACAUGUAAAAAAAUGAUUAAAAACAACUAUUUUUG